AUGUGCAUUUUCACGUCAUUAGCGUUUCCCACCGCUGCCACCACCACGCCGUCGCAAGACUCGCCCGCCCCCGGAGCCGGCAGCGCCCCUGGGGAAGCUCCGAACACCGCCUCCGCCCGAUCCUUCGCCGUGUCCAUCAGCGACCUCCUCAGCAACAGUGACGUCAUCAGCACCUCCAGUCAGUCCCGCCCCUCAAGCUUCAAGCCAGAGGCGCUCGGCGAGGAAUCCGCGGAAAGUGUGGGUGCUCCUGAAGGGGAUGGCCAGAGCGUGAGGGAUGCUGCUAGCAUCAGGGAGGCAGAUGCUAUUAGCACAAAGCCUGCCGAUACUACUAGCAUUAAGGGAACAGAUAUUACUAGCAUUGCAGAUGAAGCAGAGGCCGUUUAUGCAGCCACCACUUUGUCUGCAGAUGCUGCAAGCAUGAAGGGAGAUGCUGCUAUCAGUCAAUCUGCAGACGUUGCAAGCAUUAUAGGUGCAGAUACUGCAAGCAUGAGGGGCGACGUUGCUAUCAAUCAAGCUGCAGAUGCUGCCAGCAUGAAGGGAAAUCUUGCAAGCAUUCAAGAUGUAGAUGCUGCAAAAAUUAAAGCUGCAGAUGCUGCAAGCAUUCAAGCUGAAGAUGCGGCAAGUAUUCAAGCUGCAGAUGCUGCAAGCAUCAAUGCUGCAGAUGGUGCAAGUAUCAAUGCAGCAGAUGCUGCAAGCAUUAAAGCAACAGAUGCUACAAGCAUGAAGGAGGAUGCUGCAAGUAUUAAAGCUGAAGAUGCUGCAAGCAUGAAAGGAGAUGCUGCAAGCAUUAAGCCUGAAGAUACUGCAAGCAUUAACGCUACAGACGCUACAAGCAUAAAGGAAGAUGCUGCGAGUAUUAAAGCUGAAGAUGUUGCAAGCAUUAAAGCUGAAGAUGCUGCAGGCAUUAAUGCUGAAGAUGCUGCAAGCAUUAAUGCUGAAGAUGCUGCAAGCAUUAAAGCUACAGAUGCUGCAAGCAUGAAGGAAGAUGUUGCAAGUAUAAAAGCUGAGGAUGUUGCAAGCAUUACAGCUGAAGAUGCUGCAAGCACGAAAGAAGAUGCUGCAAGCAUUAGAGCUACAGAUGCUGCAAGCAUUCAAGCUGCAGAUACUGCAAGCAUUCAAGCUGCAGAUACUGCAAGCAUUCAAGCUGCAGAUGCUGCAAGCAUUCAAGCUGUAGAUGCUGAAAGCAUUAAAGCUGAAGAUGCUGCAAGCAUUCAAGCUGCAGAUACAUGCAGUAUUUGCAUUCAAGAUGCAGAUGCUGCAAGCAUUCAAGCUGAAGAUGCUGCAAGCAUGAAAGGAGAUGCUGCAAGCAUUCAAGCUGCAGAUGCUGCAAGCAUUCAAGCUGCAGAUGCUGCAAGCAUUCAAGCUGCAGAUACUUGCAGUAUCUGCAUUCAAGAUGCAGAUGCUGCAAGCAUUCAAGCUGAAGAUGCUGCAAGCAUGAAAGGAGAUGCUGCAAGCAUUCAAGCUGCAGAUGCUGCAAGCAUUCAAGCUGCAGAUGCUGCAAGCAUUCAAGCAGAAGACGCUGCAAGCAUUCAAGCUGCAGAUGCUGCAAGCAUGAAUGGAGAUGCUGCAAGCAUUCAAGCUGCAGAUGCUGCAAGCAUGAAUGGAGAUGCUGCAAGCAUUCAAGCUACAGAUGCUGCAAGCAUUCAAGCUGCCGAUGCUGCAAGUAUUCAAGCUGCCGAUGCUGCAAGCAUUCAAGCUGAAGAUGCUGCAAGCAUGAAAGGAGAUGCUGCAAGCAUUCAAGCUGCAGAUGCUGCAAGUAUUCAAGCUGCCGAUGCUGCAAGCAUUCAAGCUGAAGAUGCUGCAAGCAUGAAAGGAGAUGCUGCAAGCAUUCAAGCUGAAGACGCUGCAAGCAUUCAAGCUGCAGAUGCUGCAAGCAUUCAAGCUGCAGAUGCUGCAAGCAUUCAAGCUGAAGACGCUGCAAGCAUGAAUGGAGAUGCUGCAAGCAUUCAAGCUGCAGAUGCUGCAAGCAUUCAAGCUGCCGAUGCUGCAAGCAUUCAAGCUGCCGAUGCUGCAAGCAUUAAAGGAGAUGCUGCUAGUGUUAGAGAUACAGAUGCUGUCAGCCUUAAGAGCGAGGGAGCUGCUGCUGUGCAGGAAACAGGUGCCUCUGGCGAGACUGCAACGGACAUUGCUAGCAUGGAAGGGGCAGAUGCCGCUAGCCUGAAUAACGUUACUAAUUCUGAGGGACCAGAUGCUACUAGUGCUAAGAGCGUACAGGUUCUGGGUUCUGAGCCCGCUGACUUUGCUGCUGACGCCCUGCAGGGAACGGAAGCGGAGAGUGCCAGUGUUAAGGGCGAUAGUGCCAGUGUAAAAGAGGGAGAUAGUGUCAGUGUUAAGGGAGAUAGUGUCAGUGUAAAUGAGGGAGAUAGUGUCAGUGUUAAUGAGGUAAAUAGUGUCAGUGUAAAGGGAGAUAAUGUCAGUGUUAAGGGAGAUAGUGUCAGUGUUAUGGGCGAUAGUAUCAGUGUAAAAGAGAGAGAUAGUGUCAGUGUUAAGGGAGAUAGUGUCAGUGUAAAAGAGGGAGAUAGUGUCAGUGUUAUGGGAGAUAGUGUCAGUGUUAAGGGAGAUAGUGUCAGUGUUAAGGGAGAUAGCGUAAGUGUAAAAGGAGCAGACAGUAUUAGUAUCAAAGGAGACAGUGUUAGUGUUAAAGGGAUAGAUGGCGUUAGUGUCAAAGGAGUAGAUAUUAUCAGUGUUACAGCCGACAACAUCAGUGUUAAAGGAGACAGUGUCAGCAUCAAAGGCGCAGAUGGUGUCAGUCUUAUACUAGGAGACAGUGUCAGUAUCAAAGGUCUGGAAAGAUUCAGUGUAAAGGAAGUUGAUAUUUCGAGUAUCAAAGAAAACGGAGAGUCGGAGGAAGACUGGCAUAACUUCAGCUCCACCAUGGCGGCACACACCAUUCUCACGUCGCACUCGUACCCUCGCAUAACCCUACCACGACAGCGAGAUUAUUACCGCCACUACGAUGAAAGUUUAAACCCUGAGUGUCUUACAUCGAUUAGACAGUCUGAGUCGACUGAGAGGCGCGACCCGGCGGGAACUCAGGACCUUGCGACUGCAAAUCCAACGAUUGGUGCCGCCAACUACACCGGGGGUUGCGACCUGAGAUUCAAAAAUUCAAACCCAGGCAUAUGUACAUGCGAGAGAGAGGCGUUUAAGAGACAAGUGAAGAGGUCAGAGCAAUAUUCUAAGCCAGGGGUCCCUAAGCCAGGGGUUCCUAUCCUGGGGCCCGAGUACGGCGUGGGUUUGGCUGCCCCUUGGAAGAGCGACUGGCCGAGGAGACGAGACACAAGCAGGCGUUACUUUCACCGUCCGUCUUGUAAUGGAAGAAAAGCGCCACGCAAGGAAAUACCAAGAACUGAACGUUUUUUUAAGCGUGCCAUUACUCGCAAAUUCCUUUCCAAUAUCUUCUGCACUAACUUAUAUCUUUAUAUCUUCUCUCCAUUACUGCUCACGAUCGUUAUCACAUUCAAAUAUCAGUCAAAAGCACAAGAGGUUUUGCUGCCCUGUCACGGGGAACUGUUCCAGAACCACGCCCCUACCCGACCCCCUGCUCCCCUCCUGGCCCCAGGCUGUGCCUUACCUGAGGCUGCAAGAUCAUUAGUUGUUGCAACAGGCGCUCAGAUGAUCAAGCAGUUUUAUUGA